GUUUUUGUGCUCGCAUUUUAUUCCUUACAACAUUUUUCUACAAUCUGGCUAAGCAUUUAUCAGAUGAAGGAGGAACAAAACAGAGAAUAAGAUACUUUCAAUUGCUGCAUUCAGUAAAAUUAUUGGUUUAUAGUUUUUUCUUAUUAAUACGCGAAAUCUCAGCAUAUUGAACAAAAAAUUCAAUGGAAUAGAUUUCGUAACAGUCGUGUAACAUCUGCGCAAUUAUGGAACAGUGGCAGGAACUUGGUAUGGGAAGAUUAACUAUUUCAGGGUGCGACACACAGUCGUCAUCCGAAACAAAACAACAGGCAAAACCACAAACAUCUCAAUUGGUACAACAACAAGCAUAUUCAUCAAUAAUGGAUUUGCCCGAUUUUGGUGAUUGCAGUGAUGAUCAGAAAUACGUAAUUUAUAAGCAUGAUGAUUUGUUUUGUGAAAGCUACCCGCUAAUGCGCGAAAUACGCAGACAGGGUAAACUAUGUGAUGUUACCUUAAAGGUUGAAGAUCAAUCCUUCUCGGCACAUCGUAUUGUAUUGGCUGGUACAAUACCCUACUUUUAUGCCAUGUUCACCAACAAUAUGGCUGAGAGUCGCAUAAAGGAGAUUACAAUGAAAGAAAUUGAACCGAAUGCGCUCGAAAGUCUCAUUAAUUACGCUUACAGUGGUCAAGUGCGCAUUGACAAUCAGAAUGUACAAAGCCUUAUGGUGGGUGCAUCGUUUCUACAGCUAACCAAAGUGCGUAAUGCUUGUGCUGACUUCCUGAUUUCACGAUUUCACCCACACAACGUUUUGGGCAUACGCCAAUUUGCGGACUCUAUGGGCUGUACACAUUUAAUUGAGGCUGCUGACAAGUUCAUCGAUCAGAAUUUCGCAAAAGUUGUACAGUCCGAAGAAUUCUUGGGUUUAGAUUUUGGUGAGCUUAUUGAUCUAAUAAGACGCGAUGAGUUGAAUGUACCCAGUGAAGAAAUAAUCUUUGAAGCCUGCAUGAAAUGGGUUAAGCACAUCGAAGAGAAACGUGCUAUACUCUUCCCACAAGUAUUAUCCAAGGUGCGUUUACCGUUAUUAUCACCGCAGUUUCUGGCAGAUCGUGUGGCGCGCGAAGAGCUAAUACGCUCUUCACACCAGUGUAGAGAUUUAUUAGAUGAGGCAAAAGAUUUCCAUCUAAUGCCAGAAAGGCGUGGAUUAUUGCAAAGCUUCAGAACACGACAGCGUUGUGGUGAGUUUAUUAUGGGUCAGAUUUAUGCAGUUGGUGGUUUAGCUAGUAAUGGUGAAUCGGUGAGCACUGUGGAAAUUUACGAUCCAGUUGUCAAGAAAUGGGAAAUGGGCGAACAAAUGUCGAUGAUGCGCUCACGCGUGGGUGUCGCUGUUAUGGAUGGCAAACUGUAUGCUUUUGGUGGUUUUAAUGGUACAGAACGUCUUUCAACUGUAGAGGUGUAUGAUCCAAAAAAGAAUAAAUGGUCACAGGGACGCGCAAUGUUGUGUAAGCGCAGUGCCGUUGGUGUGGCCGCUUUAGAUGAUUGCAUUUAUGUUUGUGGUGGUUAUGAUGGUGUAACAUCUCUAAAUACAGUAGAAUGUUACUGCCCAAAGACUGAUAUUUGGAAGACGGUGGCCCCCAUGAUGAAGUAUCGUUCAGCGGGUGGUGUUGCCGCUUUGGGCGGUUAUGUUUACGCGCUUGGUGGUCAUGAUGGACUUUCGAUUUUUGAUUCAGUCGAACGUUACGACCCAGUUAAAGAUGUUUGGCUCAAAAUGCAUUCAAUGUUGAAUCGUCGCUGUCGUUUGGGUGUCGCUGCGCUGAAUGGCAAGCUCUAUGCUUGUGGUGGCUACGAUGGCACAUCAUUUCUACGCUCCGUUGAGGUGUACGAUCCCAUUACAGAUACUUGGAGUCUAGUAACGCCUAUGAACUGUAAACGCAGUCGCGUUGCGUUAGCAGCCAAUAUGGGCAAGUUAUGGGCGAUUGGUGGUUACGAUGGCGAGUCCAAUCUAUCCACAGUGGAAGUCUAUGAUCCCGAAACGGAUAAAUGGUCCUUUGAACCCUCAAUGUGUGCGCAUAGCGGUGGUGUUGGUGCUGGCGUUAUACGCAAACAAUAAUUAAUGUCAACUUAAGAAAUUUAGGAAAUAGUACUGUUAGUUUAUAUUUUUAGUUAAUUAAUUUAUACGUAUGUAUGUUUUCAAAAAGCAAAAGUGCAUUUGCUUGCCUUUUUCAAAAUUUUUUAUGUGCUUUGCCACAAUGUAUGCUCUCUAAAAUACAAACUAUUUAACGCACUCACGAAAAUCAUUCCAAAUUCUAUUGAAAACACUUAACAAAUUA